GGGAUGCGGACGGGGGAAGAUGGCGGCCUCGUCGAACAACCCGCGGAAAUUCAGCGAGAAGAUCGCGCUGCACAACCAGAAGCAGGCCGAGGAGACGGCGGCCUUCGAGGAGGUCAUGAAGGACCUCAGCCUCACGCGCGCCCACCGGCUACAGCUACAGAAAAACCAGUAUUUGCAGACCCGUGGCCAGUACUAUGGAGGAUCCCUGCCAAAUGUCAAUCAGAUUGGGAGCAGUGCUAUGGACCUGCCUUUCCAGACUCCGUUUCAGUCAUCAGGAUUGGACACCAGCAGGACGACCCGGCACCAUGGCCUGGUGGACAGGGUGUAUCGCGACCGGAACCGCCUUGGCUCGCCCCACCGGCGCCCGCUAUCCGUGGAUAAGCACGGCAGGCAGGUGGACAGCUGUCCGUAUGGUACCGUCUAUCUAUCGCCUCCUUCAGACACAAGCUGGAGGAGGACCAAUUCAGAUUCUGCCCUGCACCAGAGUACGAUGACUCCCACUCAGGCGGAGCCUUUCUUAGCUGGGUCACAGGACAUGCAGCAAAAAAGAGUCUUACUAUUGGCCGUCCCAGGCAUGGAGGAAGACACAGCGGAUACAGAGAAGAACCUCUCGAAGCAAGGGUGGGAAGCUAAGAAGACCGGAUCCUCAAGGCCUAAAUCCUGUGAGGUUCCAGGAAUCAACAUCUUUCCGUCAGCUGACCAGGAAAACACUACCACACUUAUCCCCGCCACUCACAACACGGGUGGCUCCCUGCCGGACCUGACGAACAUCCACUUCCCCUCUCCUCUCCCAACGCCGCUGGACCCAGAAGAAUCCCCAUUCCCAUCCCUCAGCAGUUCCAACAGCACCGGGAACCUUGCGGCCAACUUGACGCAUAUGGGCAUCAGCACAGCCAAUCAGGGGAUGACGACGACGCAGGCCUCUUCCCAGCAGCACCGACAGCCACCCUCCCUUUCGCUGAACGCAGACUCCAGGAGAAACCAGCCCCAGCAGGUCUCCCCCACGCUCUCGCCUCUGUCGCCAAUCACUCAGGCUGUGGCAAUGGACGCCCUCUCCCUGGAGCAGCAGCUCCCGCCCUACCCCUUCUUUACCCAGACGAGCGCGCAGCAGCAGCAGCAACAGCAGCAGACACAGGUCGCCAGCGCUCUCCCACCCAAUGCCUCCCUGAUGCAGACGUCCGGCCUGCAGCGAGGGGUGCAGCUGCCCCCGCUCUCCGUCACCGUCCCUUCCACAAUCCCACAGUCUCCGCCAGGAAGCCAGACCCAGACCUCCAUGGGGAUAGACAUCAGUUUGGGUUCACUCCAGCAGUACCGCAACAAUGCUGGCUCCCCGGCCAACCAGUCUCCCACCUCUCCUGUCUCCAAUCAAGCUUUCUCUCCUGGCAGCUCCCCUCAACAAACAUCUAUCCUCGGGAGCGUCUUUGGGGAUUCCUGUUACGACCAGCAGUUGACGGCCAGGCAGGCAAACGCUUUAUCUCAUCAGGAUUCCUUCCUCCAGCUUGAGCAGUUCAACAUGAUCGAGAAUGCCAUCAGCUCCAACAGCCUCUACAGCCCCUGCUCCACCCUCAAUUACUCCCAGGCGGCUAUGAUGGGCCUCACCGGAAGCCACGGGAGCCUCCAGGACGCCCAGCAGCUCAGCUACGCCAGCCACGGCAACAUCCCAAACAUCAUCCUCACAGUGACCGGGGAGUCCCCUCCCAGCCUGUCGAAGGACCUGACCAGCUCUCUGGCCGGCGUGGGGGAUGUCAGCUUCGACUCUGAUUCCCAGUUCCCCCUGGAUGAACUCAAAAUCGACCCCCUGACCUUGGACGGGCUGCACAUGCUCAACGACCCCGACAUGGUCCUCACUGACCCUGCCACAGAAGACACUUUCCGGAUGGACCGGCUGUAGGGGAGAGGGGAAGAGGGGGCGCGUCGCCGAGAGUGAGAGAGCGCAUGCCAAAUCGCAAAUAUAAGGUGUCCCAAGUCUCGGCGCCCGCAGAGGCAGGGACCGGCCCACCUCAGGUCCGUCGCACCUGAGAGCCGGGCUCGUUCCACCCUCACAGAGCAGCUGCCCACCCCCCCGUCUCCCGCCCUCCGUACAGCCCUCCAGAGGCCACUGGUUUGGGAGAGGACCUCUUUAUCCACAAGCCCCCCUUGCGCCCUUUCCGUUCCUCUUGCCCUCUGCUUGCCACCAAAGUUCGGUCCUUGUUCUCCUUUGCACUAAAUGGUUUCUUCGUGUUUGUCUUCGGGAAGGCGGGGAGUGGGGUGGCAGUAGAGGAGGAUGCUCCCUCUCUUCCUCCCCCCCCCCACCCCGGUGGCUGGGCAAAGCACUCUGAAAAGGUAAAUAGAUAGUUCUUAUCCCCCCCCUCGUCGAAACUACGGAGUCUCUGGUUUCUGUUACAGAAACAGCCACUGCAUAAAGCUGGGAGCUUUGGGGGGGGGGGUGCUGGGGUUUGCACGACAGACACUGACGCCCCACCACCCCUGAGUUCAAAAGCUACGUUGUGGAUAUUGCUGCUUUUCUUCUGGUAAAUGGGGUGGGUGGGAUUUUAAUGCAGGAGGUGGAGGGGAGAGUCUGGUGAGCCCUCCAGAAUAAUUUCCUGAGGCAGAUGCUUGGUUUUGAAGGAUGGGGAGGGGUGCAAAUGGUUUGUGAUCUCCUGCCCCCCCCUUUUUGCUAGCCUUGACUCUCAUCCAAAACUCUAUUGCUGCCUGUUCCCCUGUAUGCUUCCUUGCUCAACAGUUGCAGAAACAUCUCUUUUUGGGGGGCAACACUGUCCGGGGAUUUAGUUGCACGAGCCGCCUAAUUCCUCUUUCCGAUUCAAAGUACUUUUUUGGCGGGUGGGGCGGGGCGGGGAACAGGUAGAGGAAGAGGAGGGGCAAUUUUAUUUAUGUCGCAUACUUCCGUUACCUAAAGGAAGGAGCUGCAGUUUCCUCUGGGUUGAACGCUUGCAGGAUUAUUGCUGUCCAGCGUGCAAGUCUCUCUCCCCUCCCCUUUUUGCAUGGCAAAGGCCGUUCCCGCCCAGUAUUAAAGGAAAAUAUCUCAUGUGCAUGAUUUGUUAUUUUUUUAGCAGGGAAUAGUGAGGAAAAUCAGGUCAGCAUUGGAGGGGUGCCAAGCCAUACUGAGUCCCCAAAUGGUUGCUGAGGGUGGCAGAAUCGGAGGGGUUCAGUGGGGAAGGGGGGAAUCGUUUAAGGGGACCUCAAGAUGUACACACAUGUCUCCUGCUUGCAAAGUGGACAGAGAUGCUCUCUCCUUUGACGUCUCGAGCGGAAGGCGCUCUUUGGCGUGGGGCAGUUUUUUGGACUGACUCCGAUGUGUUUGUCACUUUCCAAUGCAGAAUCUCAUGCCAAGUGCCCCUGGGGUGUUUGUGGGUCCCUGAAACACAUGUCUGGAACUCAGAAAUCCUCUUGCAGACAUGUUUGUGAGUCUGAAUGCUUCAGGCAGGGUCUCCCUGCUCCCCCCCCCCAAAAAAACUUUUAUUUUACAGCAUCCCAUUCCCCAGGUCAGGUCCCUGGUUUUCGGUGCUGCUUGGGAGGAAGUGAACCUCCCAUUUGCCGAAAAUGCUAACCUGGUAGCCUCCUGUGGCUCCCUUGGCCUGGCUGGGCGAUUUCUUAAGUCCUCUGGGUCUUCUUGGCUGGCGCAGCAGAGCUCACCCUCCCCACCGCCCCCUUUUUUGCUCUGAGUUGGCCGGGCAGCGUUCAGCUUGAGUCCCUGCCUUGUUGUCCGUCAGGUUCUGGGUUUGAGUCCUGCCAUAUCCCUCCCUGAAUGCCCCCCCCUGCUCUCCCCAGCGAGUUACAGCUGGACCUCUGGGACCCUGCAUGUGCCGCUAGGAAGUCCUGUUCCAAGUACAUGUCUGCUUACACUCCGCCUGUGCCAUCCUUUGUUUUAUGACUUUUGCACUAAAACUGUGCUGUCUCCUAGGCGUUCUGUGUGGGCGCUUUGAUGCAGUGCUUCUCCCCCAGCCCUUUCGACUCCCAAGAAGUGGCCUCUCCCAUUGUUAUAUAACCCAUAUCAGUAUUUUAGCCUCUAGUACUCGCCAUGGUCUGCCCAUUUCAAGCCUGCUCUGGGUCCCUCUCCUGCACGAGGAGGUAUCCCGUCUGCUUAAAAAAACCAGGAGGUGGUAACUCUCCUGCUCCGGAAGGGUGAAAGCAGGGAUCUCGUCCUUUGGCCUCCAGCAAUCCUGUCAGAAUUUAUGGUUCCGACUCUCUGGGGUGCCCUUCCCUCAGAUCUCAAUGUGUGCAGAAUCCUCUUCAGUCUUUGGCCUGUCGUUUGGGGGUGCGGAAUCGGAAGACGCGUUGCCGGGUCUGGUAAACACACGCAGCUCUCGAACCGGACAGUUUUAUAGGGAGAUGUAGAAAUCUCUCCUCCUCUCCUUUUCUAAAUUACACAUGUACAUAGGAGAGCCUGCGUGCGGAUAAACUGUAAGUAGUUUUACAAAAAUGGCCUUAAUAUAUACAGUAUCUAUAUAUCUAUAUAUCUGUAUACACACGUGAAACACACACACACACACAAAACCUUUCUGGAUUUGUUUGAGGGUCACUGAGGAUUAGGGACCACGUGCUUUGGAGGGGCACUGUUUAAAUUUCUGUUUUGUGUUUCAUUUGUUGCUGUUGCUGGAAACGAUUUUUAAAGAUGGCAGGAUCGUAGCGUAAGAUAUUUUGAUGUGCUCGAUAUCUCUCUUCCCAGCAGGGGGCAGCGUCAUUCUUAAUUUAUCAUGUUGAGUAUCCAAGCGAUGACUUUAGCACAACGGCAAAUUACUUCCUCCGUUAAUGCACCUUAUAUUCUGUGUGUUUCUGUUUUUUCAUCAUGUGGGGGGGGGUUCUAUCUUCACCCCCACCCUCAAUUCUGUGUUUAAGGCCAGGCCCCUGGAGGUUUUGAGAUACAUGCUCUGGCUGCAUCAGAAGCUGAUGCAGAGCUUGCUUAAAAUUGCUUAUUUUGAAGAGGGCGGAGCUGAAAGCUCCCCAAAUCCUUUCUUUUGUGAUUCUGCCCACCAUGAUUCUGUUUCAGGGGAGAAUGCUUUGUUGCCAUCGUUGAGCAGAGAGGAAGUCCUGCCUCGUUCAAAAGCGGGAGUGUUGUUUGUUGCUCAGUUAGGGUCAGGUUUAAAAGAGCAACUCUCUUUCGGUUAGGUGCCUGGUUUGUGUCUGGAUCUGGCACCGGGAUGGGAACAGUGGUGCAUUUGUCUUAAGCUGUUCCUUCUGUGCUCUCCUUUCCUCCCACUCCCCACCCCACCCCUUUACCCUCCCAACAACCCUGUGAUGUAGGUUAGGCCAAGAGAUAGCAGCUGCCCAGGGCGUGCCUGUGCUGAGUGGUCAUUUUAUCCUGGGUCUCUGUGGGCCUUAAUCUGACACCAGCCUGGUCCAGUACUGCUGUGUGUGUGUGUGUGUGUGUGUGUGUGUGUGUGUGUGUGUGUGUGUGUGUGUGUCAGUGUGCCAGCUAAUAAUACUGUGUAAAUGAGACCAGCUUCACCCCUGCAGUGCGGUCUGAGCCCUUGAACUUAUAUAAGCAGUGCCCUUUCUCCUUAUAAUUUGGCAAGAAAAAGUUCCCAGUGAGGAAUCGAACACAGAAGUUGAUGUCCCUCCAGUUUCCAUCAGGCUCCACUUGCUCCACAGCACCUCCACUGGAGCAGGCCAGGAGGGGUACUGCGCCUUCUCAUCCCAGUGGGAGUCCCAGGAACCAGGAGGGUCCCCUUUCAUUGCCGAUUCUGGUUUGCCGCCUCAGGCGCUUGGGUGCACCCAUUGGGACCCACAGAGGCCACUGGCUGCCAGGCAGCACAGGCUUCCAUAGCUCAGUUGGUAAGAGCAUGAGACUCUGAAUCUCAGGGUUGUGGGUUUGAGCCCCAUGUUGGGCGAAAGGUUCCUGCAUUGCAGGGGAUGGGCUAGAUGAACCCUUGGGGUCCCUUCCACCUCUACAAGUCUGUGAUUCCUAGCAGGAGCUUUGCUGCCAGCCAAAAAUAUUAGCAAGGCAUGUUAGAGCCCUAGAGCUCAUGGGGGGGGGGGAAUUAGCCCAAUUCUGCCGAGUUCGAGUAUCUUUGUAAUCAACAAGGCUUUCUUCUGGAAAAUCCCCACGUCACAUUCCUUAAAGCAGGAUCUUUUCCUUUUAAAAUCCCCAGCCAAUAGCCCCCAUUGUUGGUCUUUGAAAAUGGAAGUUGGUCCCCUAGAAGCCCCUCUUGGCAUCAAGUAGCGAAUGAAUUAAAUGACAAUGAUGACUGUCAUCCUCAUUGUCGGGGCCCCGCUCCAUUUCCAUCCUUGCAAGCUGCGUGGAGAAGCGUUCCUAAGCAUAUGCAGAGUUCCGCUGCUGCCCCCUCCUCCUCUCCCCCUGUAAUCCCCACGGCCCAAUGGACCUGGUCCCUUCUCUGGUUCUGGUCUUCUAAGGGAUGUGUGUCUCUCCACCUGCUCUUUGGGUGGGCUCUGGCGGCCAGCGGGUGUCGAGAGGCCAGGAUGGGUAUCAGAAGCGAUUGUGAGGAUGGCAAGCUGUCCGGAGAGAGGCUGGGUGCUGGUGUUUUAUAUCCACACAUGCUUUUGGUCAGCUUCGAAAAAUGUCUUGCAAAAGCAGGAGAAGUAUCCUGAAGCCAGAGUGAAUGAGCAUAUAUAUAUAGAUACAGUAUAUUUGUGUGUGUGCAUGUGAAAGCAAACGUUGAUGGAAGUGUAAAAUUGGCGCAGGGAGGAGGGGUACAGAUCCAACUGGAUCAGGCCAAAGGGGUCCCGGCCCAGCCCCCUCUUCCCACAGCGGUCAUCCAGACCCCCAGCAAGCAGGGGGAUGUCCUUGGAUACAGGACGCUGGGCUCAGUGGUGGUCAGACCCAGCAGUGCACAAAUUGGGGGCGGCCUCUGCCCAUUGCAUGGCCAGAGAAAACUGAAUCUUGUUAUUGCCUUGGCUUUUCUGCAUGUUUGCCGGAGUCUUGGUGGGCUCCUUGGAAAUCUAUCUCUGACAGGCAGCAGCAAGAGACUGAGCUGUCCCCUUUUUAAAAAAGAAAGAAAGAAAAGAAAAUAUACUUCUCUCUCCCCCCCCCCAAACUUUUCUGUGGUGGUCCCAAUACCAUCCUCCUUUUCCUGCCUCAAUCCUUUCAAGGCAGCCAUCUGCCCCUCCCUUCUUAGGUAGGAUUCCUCUCCGGAAGAGGACUACCUACAUACGACACCCAUGGCUUUUGGAAAGAAAGAAAGAAGGCACUUUGAUUUAUUUAUUUUUAUUAAAAAAAUUCCCUUGUCACUGUGAAAACAUCUGUGAAAGAGCAGUUGAAUAUCUGAGUAUGCAUUCUUCUUUUUAGGGGGGAAAAGGGGAAACCCAAAUAAAAAGUUAAGUGUUUUUCUGUUGUAACUUUUUUUUUUUAUGAACCGGUUUAACCUUCCUUUUAUUUUCAAAAGAAAACUUUUAAGAGUUUGUGUGGAAUUCCCAUAUUGCAAUAUGUGAAUUGGGGGGGGGGCAUGGAGGGUUUUAAUAACCAACACUACGUUUAUGGAACUUCGGUCGAUACCUUUGUGCUUUUUGUUGUAUUUAUUAUUGUUUUUUAUUAUUUUUUUUAAAAAGGAGAAAAAAACUUCCUUUCUGGGAGGGGGAGGAGGGCAUGGUGCGUGUGUGUGUAUAUAUAUAUAUAUACAUUUAUAUAUAUAUAUUAAAAAGUAUAUAUAAAUAAAUGUGAGCUUGGCCAGUUUCUACUGUGUUUAUAAAGGAAAGGCGUGGCUUUUGGGGGGAGGGAAACGCAGGCUGUCGGUAGGGAGAUGCUUUGAGGUGGCAGCAGCAGCUUUCUGCCUUGGGGGUGUUGGUUUUCGGUUUUCACUCCCCUUUUACAUCAAAAUGAUAAGAACUGAAAGCAAAAAAUGUAUAAUAGCUGUUGGUAUCUAGCAUGUGUAUUGAAGCAAAGGCUGUCUUGGCUCAAUGUCCCCGUUCCCCACCUGCAAGUUGGACGAUCUCACGCCCGUGGGUUGAGCAUUCAUUGCCUUUUUUUGCUUUUUGCCUGGUUCCCUUCUCUCCUCUCCUAUUUCCCCCCCCCCCACUCUCCACCCCAAAGCCUUCUCGGUAUAUUGAUAACAAUGAUAAAAUUCCCAGCGUUAUUGUUCUCUUCCCCCAACCCAGCCCCAAUUUUCAGGCGCGUCAAAAACGGUGGAAAGCCCACUUUUGGGACAGGGUUGGGUGGGAGAUGGGCCCUGAGAUGCCUUCCUUUCCCCCCCAGACACAACUUAUAUAUGUUUGGGAGGCAGGGGGAAACCCAGUCAGAUGAGCGGGGUUCAAAUAAUAAAAUUAUUAUCGCUAUUGUUGUCAAUUGCCGCCACAUCCAAACGGUGUUCUGUUACUGUAUGGCACGGCUGACCCGAGCCAGAUGUGUCUUCUCCUGGCCCAGCCUUUGCCAACCUGGCGUGCCCCCCCCCCCAAUGCUGCCACCAUUUUGGACAGGGUGGGCAGGCAGGUUUUUGGAGGCUGGGGCUGGGUGUGCAGUAGAAGCUUCUCUGAAAAAAAGCACCAGCAGAGUUUUAAAACUUAACUGGGUAGAUCAGCAGAGGCUUAAUGCUCUCCCUGCCCCCCCCCCCAGUCCUCCCAAAAAUGAAUGAGCCAGGUAGGUCAAAACUACUUCUUCCCAUAACCCCUCCACCCCUUUGCAAGUAUGUGUGAUUGGGUGUGUGUGUGCGAAGUUUGACACCUUCCCCACUUUAAAAGUCCCACCAACAGCAAGUAGGAUUUAAAUUGAUUACAGCGCAAAUAAACACGACUUGCUGAAAUAAAAGGAGGGAGGGUUGUUUUUAGGGUUUAUUUCUUUUUGUCAAAUUGGGCAGGAGGAUGAAGUGUUUUGUGGGGAGUCAUAGUGCUGUUUUGGAUGCACCCCUCCCCUAGGUCUGGGGAAUACCUUUAAGUUCUAGAUUACAGUUCUGUUAGUUUCAAAGCCUUCGUUUGCAGCUGACCACAGAGAAUAGCUGUAUCGUUUUUUGUUUCAAAGAGAAAUGGCGGUAUCAGGAAUCCCUACUAAAAACCAUAAUCCUUGGAGUGGGAAGAUCCACACGCGGCACCUGUGUUUCACUUUGGGAAACCCUAACCGACCAGCGCAUAGAAAUCAACCCUUUGCAGAAGCCACUCACUUGCAUUCCUUUUAAACUCUUGGUGGCAGGAGAGGAAACGGCUCGAUCCCUCCUCAAGAUCCUUGAUUUGGAGAACACUUAGCUAAGGCACAGCUUGCAAAUGCAGCCGCUUGCCGUGUGCCGCAUCUCUGCGCAUCUCCUCGGCUGCCCUGCCAUACGCAACAGAAACACCAGGAUUAAUUCUGCAAGCUUUUGCAGAUUGCGCCCGCUGUCGCCCAUACUCUGAGUAGUCCAAUUGAAACAGACGGGUGUGGCCAAACGGGUCUGGGGGACCUACUCUGAGCAGAACUUAAUUGGGCUGCAACCCUAAUAUUACUUUCUUUUGGGGGGGUGGGGAUUAGACCAUGCCUAAACGUUAUUUUCCCCUUCGAUCCUAAAUAGUUCCUAACUAUAUGGGCAUGAGCAGUUUCACAUUAAACGUAAUUAUCCAUAUUACAAUAACCAUAUUGCUAGAGACAUCCAGAACAUUAAUGCAACUUAGCAAGUAAACAAAAUGUGCUUAGUUCUAGCUGUUAGUCGGGUGGUAGCUUUUCAAAUCAUGGCUUUCUUUUGUGGACAGGGAGGAAAUUAAAUUUCUCUCUCCCCCCCCCAUUUCUUUUGGGGCACCUGAAAGUGUAAAAGAACACCAGGGGAAAUGUGGGUCUUAUCUGGAUAAGGUAGAUACAGACAGGCAGCUAAAAAACAGUAACACAAAAAUCAUAUUUUGGGGUGGGGGGAGCCGGAUUAAAAGGGUGGGAAGGGAACAGUCUUUUGUUUUCUGUAUUUUUGGACUGUGUAACAUCCUGUUCUUUAUAGGUUUUUUUUAAAAAACAAAAACAUGAGGACUAGUGGAAUGACUUUACUGAUAUAUGCAAAUCCUACCAUUGAGUUGCAGGUUUUCUUGGGGGGUGGGGAGGGGGGUACUUGGGGGCAGCAGCAGCACAGGAACUCUGGAGCAUAGAAGCUUAAUUUAUUGUGGCUUUUUUCUUGGCAAAAAAAGGAACCCUGAAGGUGGCUUUGUAAGCGUGUGUGUGUUUUUUUCUUCUUUUUGCAAACUUAAGAACAUGACAAUGAUGUGAAAAAGCGGCAAAACUCUGUGUACAUUCUUUUUGAUCUCUCUCUUUUUGGUUCGUUCGUUUCCUUUUUUUCCUUUCUUUCUCUGUGAAGGCUUUUUUUUGUCUUUGUAACUUUGCAUUAUUUGUAAAUGAAAUGUAAUAAAGUUCAGCUGUUUUUCUCUC